GCUUAAACGUGAGGGACGCGUCCACGCAGACCGUCCGAGAUCCGGAGCGGCAGGAUGGUGGCUUCGAGACCAUCUGGCGCCUGCGGCCGCGAGGCAUGGAGUCCUUCCCUCACUUCGCAAAGCCCAAGAAGGCGAAGAAGAGAGGCAAAGACGCCGAGGCUAUGGUGCUGCAGGAUGUGGAGGAUGCGCCAGCGGUGGAUCCGCGAGAUCCGAGCGAAAGGAAGAGGGCCCGCAUCGAGGAGCCCGGUCGGCUGGCGGAGGAAGCGCCUGAAGUCGAG